AUGGCCGUCACCGCCAUCAUCGGUCGCGUCCUCUUCUCCUUCGUCUUUCUCUUAUCCGCGUUGGAGAAGUACCGCGCCUUACGCGUCGACGGCGCCGACGCGGCGGUCGUCCGCGCGGUCGCCCCGGCGCUUCGAGCCAUGAAGACGAUCGUCAACGACAACGCAGGCAUCGAUCUGUGCGCGCUCAUGCCGAGCGAUUACGCGAGCGUGAAUAUAGCGACAUGGGUUGAACUUCUCGGUGCGUCUCUGUUCGCGUGCGGGUACGCGCUGGGAGCGAAGAUGCUGUUGCUGUUCACCGUGUGCGUGACGCCGAUCAUGCACCCGUUCUGGCGCCGAGCGGGCGAGAGCGCGUCGAUCGAGGACGAAGCCGCGAUCGGGGUGGAGAUGAUCAUGUUCUUUAAGAAUGUGGCGCUCGCGGGCGCGCUGGUGUUCUGGUUGGCGAUGCGAUCGGAGCUGAGCGAGGAGCGGCAGCGACGAAAGGCAAAGCGCGCGUGA